AGUACCGCGUGCUGUUUUUAUGCUCGCGCUAGCUGCGCAUUGGCUGAGGUGGGAGAUCGGUACAGGUUUUGGCCAAUCAGCGCGCAGUGCGAGCGUGGCGCGCGGCUGGAGCGGUAGGGGGCAGGGAGCGGGUUCUGCUCGGUAUAACCGAACCUUCUGCAGCUGCAGCGCCGCCGGGAUUCACCUGCAGCCCAGGUACCGGUACCGCGGCCCGCGGGGGAUGCUGGAGCACCGGGAGCGGCGCGCGGAGGCUCGGUGCUGUGCAGCGGUGAGAGGAGCGGCGGGGGGACGGGGCGCGCGGGAGGCUGCGGAAUGGCUGGAUGGCGCGAGCGAGUCCGCGCGCUGAUCAGGAGGCGGUAGACCACGAGAAUGAGGAAGAUAAAGAAACGUGGUGGUCAGUCCGCAUCUAGCAGGAGCAAAGGAAGGGGGAGGGGCCGUGCUGCUGCCUCCAGCCAAUCAGAGCUGGACGUUUUACUCCGUCCACCCUCUCCAUGCAGGGUGAACUUCUCCGUUACUCGAGAAACACUAACGUAUGCUCAGUCGCAGAAGAUGGUGGAAGUGGAACUGGAGGGGAGAAUCCAUCGGAUCAACAUAUUCGACCCGCUGGCCGUCGUCACAGAGGACGAACUGCUGGCGCAGGAGGUGCAGGAGUGCAACAGCAACAAGGAGAACAGUGAGCAGGAAAACCGCGGCCGCCAUGUGCACCACACCUCCACCAACAAGGCCAGGAGAAAAGAUGGCAAGAACGGCGGCGGCAGAGCGAGACGCUUCGGUUCUCAGCAGUUUUCACAGCACCAGGACCACCAGACUCAGCCUGAAGGACCUUUACCCAAACCCACUUUCCGCAAACUGGACGCUUUCACUCCUAACGAGGCUCCGCCUCUUCCUGUGGCCUAUUACCGAUAUGUGGAAAAAACUUCGGAAGAGCUGGAGACGGAGGCGGAGUACGAUAUGGAUGAGGAGGACAUGGCCUGGCUGGAGAUGGUGAAUCAGAAGCGAGUUUCGGACGGACACGCCUCCGUCCAGCCCGACACCUUCGAGCUGCUGAUCGACCGGCUGGAGCGAGAGUCCAUCCUGGAGUCCAGGAGCCAGGCCUUGUCCCAGAACACCAUCGACGAGGACGCGUUCUGCUGCGUCUGCAUGGACGACGAGUGCCUCAACAGCAAUGUCAUUUUAUUCUGUGACAUCUGCAACCUGGCCGUGCAUCAGGAGUGUUACGGAGUGCCGUAUAUACCGGAGGGUCAGUGGCUGUGCCGGCGGUGUCUGCAGUCUCCCUCUCGGCCGGUGGACUGUGUGCUGUGCCCGAACCGCGGGGGGGCGUUUAAGCAGACGAGCGACGGGCGCUGGGCGCAUGUGGUUUGCGCCAUCUGGAUCCCCGAGGUCUGUUUUGCCAACACGGUUUUCCUGGAGCCGAUCGAGGGCGUGAAGAACAUUCCGCCGGCCCGGUGGAAGCUGACCUGCUACCUGUGUAAACAGAGGGGGAGGGGGGCGUCCAUCCAGUGCCACAAAGCCAACUGCUACCGGGCGUUUCACGUGACCUGCGCCCAGAGAGCCGGAUUGUUCAUGAAGAUCGACCCGGUGCGCGAGACGGGCACCAACGGCACCACGUUCACCGUGAAAAAAACGGCCUUCUGCGGCAGCCACUCCCCGGCCACGGCGGAGGGGGACGAGGACGGGGGGUUCGCGGGGGGGCGUAAUAACCGGGGUCAGAGGGCGUACACGCUCGGCCCCGCGGCGCAGCAGAACCAGCGCGGGAACAAGAAGGCUCCGCCCACACCGCAGCAGAAGAAGACGAGGAAGAGUGCUGAUGGAGUUUCACGCAAAACUGGAGUUCCGCUUCUCCUUGUUCCACAGAUUCCGUCUUACAGGCUGAAUAAGAUUUGUACCGGAGUUUCUGUUCAGAGGAAGAAUCAGUUCAUGCAGAGACUUCAUAACUACUGGCUUCUGAAGCGCCACUCCCGCAACGGAGUUCCACUCAUCCGCCGCCUCCACACACACCUCCAAACACAGAAAACCGAGCAGAGGGAGCCGGACGCUCGGCUGCAGGCCGUCAGAGAGGAGCUGAAGUACUGGCAGAAACUGAGGCAGGACCUGGAGAAAGCUCGUCUGCUCAUCGAGUUAAUCCGCAAGAGAGAGAGGCUCAAACGCGAGCAGAUGAAGCUGCAGCAGGUUUCUCUGGAGCUCCAGCUGACCCCUGCGCUGGUGCUGCUGCGCUCUACACUGGAGCAGCUGCAGGAGAAAGACACAGCGCAGAUCUUCACUUCACCCGUCAACCUGAAGGAGGUUCCAGAUUAUCUGGAGUUUGUUUCUGAUCCGAUGGAUUUCUCCACCAUGCGGGAGAAGCUGGAGGCCCAUAAAUACUGCUCAGUGCUGGACCUGGAGGCAGACUUUAACCUCAUGGUGUCCAACUGCCUGAAGUACAACUCCACGGACACCGUGUUCCACAAGGCCGCCACACAGCUGAAGGAGGUAGGGGGCGCUAUCCUGCGGAACGCCCAGCGCCAGGCGGUUAGCGUUGGAUUGGACCCCAAAACAGGAAUGCACCUUCCGGACUCCAAACCAAACGCGAGCAAGUCCUGCUGGGACGAGGUUGAUCUGCUGCUGGAUCCUGAGAACAGAGUCCACAUGUCCUCAGAGGACCAACUGAAGGAGCUGCUGAACAAGCUGGACGCGGUGACGUGCAUGCGCACCAGCGGGGGCCGCACUAAACGCAUGCGGCUGCUGCGGCGGGAGAUCAACAGCAUCCGGCACAAACUCAGCCGCCAGCGCAGAACAUCGGCGCUGCAGAAGAGCCGCAAUAAAGAGACGAAGGAGCGUCAGAAACAGAGACGCAGUGAAAAAGUGGAUUACGCUCCAGAAUCGACUAAAUCCAGAGAAUCUCAGAGAUCAGAGUCGUCCUGCCCCACCUCCUCCCCUCUCCCCGCCGACGCUCCUCCAAACGCCCCCAUGUUCUGCCUGGAGACCGGCGGCACCACCACGCCCAGCCAAUCCGGCAAGCGGCAGGUGGGCAGGGGGCGGGUUCGUGCGCAGGGGCGGGGUCACAGCGAAGCAGCAGGACAGACUGAGGUGGAGGAGGAGAAGCUCCUGAAGGAAAAUGGAGAGAUUGCGUGUUUGCAGGAGGCGGAGCCUGUAAACGGGGUUUCCUCUCUGGAGAGCCCCCCCGCCUCCCCCGUGCUGGGGGUUGGCCGCCGGACCUCCGUCCUCUUUAAAAAAGCUAAAAACGGGGCGAGAAAACGCAAACCUGCUUCCCUCAACCACCGAGGAACCGCCCAGGAACCUCCACAGACCCGCCUACUGUCGGCCCCGCCCACCACCAAAUCCUCCCCCCCGUCUCCCCACCACCUACGCUCCACCGCCCUCAGCUCCGACAGCGAGCGCUCACACUCGCCUCCCAAACACUACGGAUUAAUAAACGCAGUAAAGAAACAGAGGGACAGCUCCCCGGACUCUGAAAAUUCAUCUCCUGCUCCUCAAAACCUCUGUUCUUCACCUCCUAAACGGAGUCGUGGAAAACCAGCUCUAAGCAAAGUUCCAGCAGCAGCUCAGAGCUCGAACCCGGAGUCUGAUUCAGUGAAGAGCAGUUCUCAGCAGAGUGAAGAUUUGGAGCCUCUGAGUUUGGUUUGGGCGAAAUGCAGAGGGUAUCCCUCGUACCCGGCGAUGACAGUAGAUCCAGAAAUGCCUAAAGAGGGAGUUCUUCACAACGGCAUCCCGAUCCCGGUGCCGCCUAAAGAGGUCCUGCGUCUGGGCGAGCGGCGGCGCCGCGAGACUGAAGAUAAACUCUUCCUGGUUUUGUUCUUCGACACAAAAAGAACUUGGCAGUGGCUGCCGCUGGAUAAGCUCCAUCCGAUGGGAGUGGAUGAUACGGUGGAUAAGCUCCGGCUGAUGGAGGGGAAGAAGCGUAACGUGAGGAAGUCGGUGAACACGGCGUACGAACGCGCCAUGAACCACCUCAACCACGUCAGAGAAAACGCCGACUUCAGCCCGUCCUCUUUCCUCUGAAUCAGAACCAGAUUAUAAACACAAACCUGAACGUCGGUAAAUUAAUGAUGAAAAAUGAUUUAAGCAGGAAACUCUUUUAUGUAUUAAUUAAAAACAUGUGGGGUUUAUUUCAAUGGCAGUUUAGACUAAUUUAUAUAGACAUCUUAUAUAUUAGUCAGUAUGAUUGUAAACUUUCAUUUUCUUUGUAAAUGAAGGCGAAUAGAAGUACAUUUAAAAGUGCAAAGUGAGUUUCUGCAGAUGGACAAACCUCACCUGUAUCCAGAUGUUAGUCCUAGCAUUAAUAUUUAUUUAUUUUAAUAGUCAUAGCACUAUAUAUUACUUUAUCAAAACAUAGUUUAAGGUUUCACCAUAAACAAUAUUUUUUCACAAUAAACAAAAUGCAGAUAUUAAACCUAAAGAAAACGAACCAAACAAAAUUAAUGUAAAGUUUUAAAGUUUAAGAACGACUGACAGACUCUAGACCGACGUCCAGAACAAAACAUCUGGAUCAGAAGUUCUGAACAGGCCUGGAUCACCUGGACCCUCAGAAGAAUUAAGAACCCGUCCUCAUGACCGAAUAAUUACUAACCUGAUCGCUCGGCCACCGCCGCGUUUAACUCAACUAAACCAGUUAUAUAAACAUUCCCCGCCCUGCAGCACAUCACCUGAUUUAUUACCUUAUCUAUCAGUUUAAUACCAAUCUGUUCAGCCCUGCCUGAAGCCCCUCCUCCCUAUCUAACCACCCAAUCACAACCCCUUCACCGCCGGGCUCCUCCUGUUAACUCCGUUAUCUCUCAGCCUGCCUGCAUUUAUAUAAUAAUCACAUCCUGAACCUGAACUGGAUUUAAAACAGUAAUGAACCUGCAGCCUCAGGUACACACACACACACACACACACACAUACACACACACACACACACACACACCUGAACCGAAACGUAAACCGAGACUAAGUGCUUUAAUAUAAGUUAAUUUACUGAACUACAGUCAGUGAUAUUUGAACUAAUGAAGAAUAUUUUAAUUAUUAUUUAUGAGGGCCAGACUAAACCUCUUAUUUUAAAGCUCAGAUUUAACAGACUGGACUGUGUGUCUCCCCAGUCCAACCAGUCCAACCAGUCUCUCUCUCCUGGAUAAAAACACAGUGGAGAAUAUUAAUCUUAGUGAAAAUGAUUCUGUACGAUGUGUUUAUAAUGUACUGGACGGAUCUUAUGAGUUUAGCUCAGAUAAAUAUAAUUAUUUUAUUCUCUGAUUCAGAAACACAGCUGUGAUUAAUAACCUGUUCUUGAUGAUUCUUCUGUACAAAAAGCAAAAUUCAUUAAAUUCAGAUCUGGAAAAACAAAAACAUUUAAAAUCACUUUUUAAACUGUGAUGGUCCAACAGAACCAGCAGGUCUUCAGUUACCGCAGGGUGACGUGGUUUUAAUGUUCUGGCUGAUCAGCGUUUUUUUUUUUUUUUAAUCUCUGAAAAUAAAAUGUGUUUAUUCUUUCUGCCACAUCAUUAGGAACGAGUCGUUUUUCUCCGUUCUGUUUCGUACAGGUUUAGGAUUCAGCGUUAGAUUUUUAGUUACGUUUUACUUGUGGAUUUGUGGCCAAAAUGAAUUUAAUAAAUAAAUACAUUUUAAACUUAGGACUAUAAAAAACUACGUUUGCACAGUUCUGGAGCUUUCUAAUGGGGUUGGUCAUGUGACCAGUAGUACGCUAAGAACGCGACGUAACAGAAAUCUAUUUGGUACUAAAACGUCACUAAAGGUUAAAGAAUUUAUUUUUGAUGUGAAUUUUACUGUUCAUUAUGUUUUAACUGCUGUUUUUUUUUUUACUGUUAAUUAUUACAUGUUUAUCAGAUCGAUCUUUUGGUUUUAUUGUUUGUUUUCUGAAUAUAAGAGAGGUUUAUUAACGGGGCGGGGGUGGGGCGGGGCGGGUGCAGGUGUGUCGCUAAGCUCUAGGUUUUGGGGCACGCCCCACUUUUGUACAUAUGAAUGCAUGUAAUGUAGAACAUAUGCACACGUGGUUUUUAAAAACUAAAAUGUAAAUUAAGUAAUGCCAAGAUUUGUACAUUUCAUUUUAAUUUAUAUUGUGUGGUUAUAGAAUUGUUAUUUAAUAGUAAUUAAGGAGAUGUAAUUUAAGAAUGUUCUGCUGAGUAUUAUAAAAGUUGAGAAAGUAUCGCUGCAUAUAGAGAUCAGUUCUUAGCAGUUUAAAGUGAAGAAUAAUGAAGUAGUCUGGGAUAAUAAAUACGGUAAUGCCGAAAGGUGUUUGUUUUUUAAAGCCUGUGAAAACAGCUAAUUGUACCAAAAACAUGUCUAAACAGUAUUUUCUCAGACGGGAAAUAAAUACACUGUUGAGUCUA